AUGACAUCCAUUGGUACAGGUUACGAUUUAUCAAAUAGUGUUUUUUCACCAGAAUAUGCCAUGAAAGCAGUUGAGAAUGGAGGAACAUCAAUUGGUAUUAAAUGUAAAGAUGGAAUUGUAUUAGCGGUUGAAAAAAUCAUAAAUUCAAAAUUAUUAGUCCCCGGUAAAAAUAAAAGAAUUCAAACUAUAGACAGACACAUUGGAGUUGUUUAUUCUGGUCUUUUACCCGAUGGUCGUCAUUUCGUUAAUCGUGGACGUGAUGAAGCACAAUCGUUUAAAUCUAUAUAUAAAACCCCAAUUUCAGUGCCUCAUUUAAUGGAUAGAUUAGGUAUAUAUGUCCAAAAUUAUACAUGUUAUAAUUCAGUUAGACCAUUUGGGGUUGUUUCUAUUGUUGGUGGUGUUGAUGAUAAUGGUCCACAUUUAUAUAUGAUUGAACCAAGUGGAAGUUGUUGGGGUUAUACUGGUGCUGCAACUGGUAAAGGUAGACAAACUGCUAAAUCAGAAUUAGAAAAAUUGGAUUUUGAAGACUUAUCAAUUAAAGAUGCAGUUAAGAUUGCUGCGAAGAUUAUUCAUUUGGCUCAUGAAGAUAAUAAAGAUAAAGAUUAUGAAUUGGAGAUUUCUUGGUGUUCGAAAGAAUUUACUGAUGGAAAACAUCAAUUUAUUCCUGAUGAUUUAUUAGAAGAAGCUAAGAAGUAUGCUGAAGAAGAUGAAGAAGAGGAAGAAGAAGAAGAAGAAGAUGAAGAGAUGCAAUCAUAG